AUGCCUAAGGCCGGCUCUGGUCAUUCUUACAGUGGAGCACAACUCAAUCAAGUUCGCAACUAUGUUACUAUGUUGCAAUACAAAGCCGCUUUAACAGCUAUUCGCGAUGAUUUCAGUCCCAUUAUGUCCGCAGGCAAAUUAACACAACAGUGGUUAGUUGAUUCCUAUCUUCAGGUUGAGGCAAACCGAUUAAACUACAUUCGCCACAAUCAAAGCAGAUUACGAGCAGAACAGUAUCAGGGACUAGCUGACCACGUUGCAAACAUGGCAGACUACAAUAACAUACCAGCUGGCGUUCACAUUAUUCUACCGUCUACCUUUGAAGGAUCCCCAAGACAUAUGCGUGAACGUUGCUGUGACGCUAUGUCUAUUUUCUGUAAGUGGGGAGCACCAGAUGUUUUCAUUACUUUCACUGCUAAUCCCACAUGGCCGGAAAUACUCACCAAUUUACGGCCAGGUGAACACACUUCUGAUAGACCUGAUUUAGUGGCACGCGUCUUCAAAAUCAAACUUGAUGCACUUAUGGAUGACCUAACCAAGCAUUGCCUUUUCGGACAGACAAAAUCCUUUGUCUAUACUAUCGAAUUCCAAAAAAGAGGACUUCCUCACGCUCACAUACUACUUGCACUACGAGCUGAGGAUAAAUUUAACACUGUUGAACAAAUCAAUAAGUUUGUAUCCGCAGAAAUACCACAUGUAGAAACACCCAUUUUACGCCAAAUCAUUCUCCGCUGCAUGCUACAUGGUCCAUGCGGCACCACUAAUCCACGAGCACCCUGCAUGAAAGAUGGAAAAUGUUCCAAAAAUUUCCCAAAACUGUUUAAUGACAACACCAUUAUACAUCGUCAUACUUAUCCUGUCUACCAACGUCGACCUCAAGAAACCGUUGAAGUUCGAGGCGUACUUAUGUCCAACCAAAAUGUGGUACCAUACAAUCCAUACUUGGCCCUAAAGUACAAUGCACACAUAAAUGUGGAAGUUUGCACAUCCCUUUACGCUAUUAAGUACAUCUACAAGUACAUUUUUAAGGGAUUCGAUUGUGCUAAUGUGGUUAUCAAACCAGAUGGUCAGGCAGAGCAACAGUACAAUGAAAUCCAAAAUUUUAUCGACUGUCGCUAUGUAAGCCCACCAGAAGCUAUUUGGCGACUACGAGAAUAUGUCAUGCACAAAAGAUCCCACGCUGUCAUACGACUUCCAGUACGUCAUCUACCUCACCAACAAACACUCAUGUUUGAACACGGACAUGAGGAAGAAGCCCUCCUUGCUGCCAAAACUGGAAAAACUAAACUGGAAUCUUGGUUUGACCUCAACACACAUGACCAACAUGCACAACAAUGGCUCUACACUGACAUUCCACAAUACUACGUUUAUACGCAUGGACUUUGGCAAAAAAGAAAACGAGGAGGUGAUAAAAUUGUGGCAAGAAUGUAUACGGUCAGUCUCAAAAAUGAAGAACGCUUCUACUUACGCAUGUUACUUCUACAUGUGCCCGGUGCAACCAGUUUUCAAUCAUUGCGCACAGUCAAUAAUGUACACUAUGAAACCUUUAAAGCCACUGCUUUUGCACGUGGACUUCUUGCAUCCGAUGAAGAAUGGCAUCACUGCUUAACAGACGGAGCCACCUACCUUAUGCCAAAACAGUUACGCGAAAUGUUCUCAUACAUCUGCUGCUUUUGUCAGCCUACUCACCCACUACAAUUGUGGGAAGAUCACCUACUGGAUCUAACUCUUGACUUUGUGCAAAAAAAAUCUCCCAACAUUGCACAAAACAAAGCGCUACACGCAAUUAACACAGUCUUAAAACAACAUGGACUUUCCUGUACACUACUUGGUUUACCUAAUCCACUGGGUCACCCACCACCAGAACACCUGUAUAAUCUCACAGAAGAGGCUCAGGAAGCUAUGACACGCCUUGCAAUGCUCAACCCACAGCAGUUACAUGCUUUCAACACAAUUAUCAUGGCUGUGGAUAACAGCCAAGUUACCAACCAUGCAUUUUAUCUGGAUGGACCCGGUGGCUCGGGCAAAACCUUCCUCUACACCACACUCAUAGCAUACAUACGAGGAAAGGGUAAAACUGUAUUGCCAUUUGCAACCACUGGAAUUGCCGCUACCUUACUCAAAGGAGGACGCACUGUUCACAGUGGAUUCAAACUUCCUGUACCACUACUUGAUACCUCCGUUUCUUCCCUCCGCCUAACUUCACCUGAAGCAGAUCUCUUACGUCAAGCUAACCUCAUCAUUAUUGAUGAAAUUACUAUGCUUCCAAAACAUGGACUACGCUGUAUUGACACACUCUUACGUGACAUCAUGAACAUAAACACACCAUUUGGAAACAAAGUUAUCGUCUUAGGAGGAGAUUUCCGACAAACACUUCCAGUUGUUCCAAGAGGCACCCAAACUGAUAUUCUUGAAUGCUGCAUUAAAGCAAGCCACCUAUGGAAACUUUUCACUCAUCUCACUCUUACAACCAACAUGCGCACAGAGGGAGAGGAGGCACACAAUACAUGGCUUCUACACGUUGGAAUGGGAAGCCUGCCACCAAACCCGCAUUUCAAUGACAAUACCACCAUUCAAAUCCCACCACAUAUGAUCACCCACGACGAUCUUAUUGAAACUAUUUUUACUAAUGUACAUGACAUGUCAGAGGAUUCCCUUGCAAAACGAGUCAUUGUUGCACCCACAAAUGCACACACACUAGACAUGAAUAGAAAAAUCAUUGAUUUAAUACCAGGAAAUCCCACAAUUUAUUACAGUGCCGACUCUGUGGACACGGAAGAUCCAAACGACACUUUGACCUUCCCCCUAGAAUUUCUACACAACCAAACACCCUCAGGAAUGCCUCCACAUGUCCUGCUCUUAAAAAAAGGUGUCAUUAUCAUGCUUUUACGCAACCUUAACCCACAACAUGGAUUGUGUAACGGCACACGAUUAAUCGUGGAAGACCUGGCACACCACUUCAUAAAAUGCUGCAUUCUUUCAGAGUGCAACCACGGGGACGUUGUGUUUAUUCCACGCAUUGAUUUGGCACCAAGUGAUACAACAUUACCAUUUAUCUUACGCCGUAGACAGUUUCCUAUCACUCCAGCUUACACUAUAACCAUUAACAAAUCACAAGGCCAAACUUUUGAUCACGUUGGCAUUCUUCUACAGACAUCCGUCUUCUCACAUGGGCAACUGUACGUUGCAUUAUCACGCUCAAGAAAAGCACAUCACGUCAAAGUACACAUUACACCAACUGAACAACAAGGCCAGCUCUUUGGUGACACCCAACACUUUACGAAAAAUGUAGUUUUUACACAAAUUUUUCAAAUGUAA